GUAGAAAGUUGAAAUAGAAAGUUGAAAUGAAGAGAGUUAAGUGAAGUCUCCUUCCAUCGGUUCAACUCAUACGGAACUUGCACCCAAUUCCUUUCCUUUGCAUUUCUUUUUGCUACUCUGAUCAUCAUUUGUUUUCUGUUGAGAUCAUGGCAUUAGCUGUGGUAGGUGGUGCGCUCCUUUCUGCUUUCUUUGACGUUCUUUUUGACAGGCUGGCAUCCCCUCAGGUUCUCAACUUCUUCCGAGGAAAGAAGCCUGACAAGUUGCUUCAAAAGAUGAAGAACCAGCUGAUAGUUGUUAGAGUUGUGCUUGCUGAUGCUGAGAAGACACAAAUCACAGACUCCACUGUCAAAGAGUGGCUCGAUCUUCUCAGAGAUCUUGUCUACGAGGUUGAUGACUUACUUGAUGAAGUUUCUACUAAAGCUGCUAUUCAAAAGAAGAAGGUAAGCAAUUCUUUUUCUCGCAUUUUCAAAAGGAAGAAGAUUGUUAGUAUUAGUAAGUUGGAAGACAUAGUUGAAAGAUUAGAUGACAUUUUAAAACAAAAGGAGAGUCUUGAUUUGAAAGAUAUUCCAGUGGAGAGCUACCAGUCAUGGAAAGCUCAGCCAACAUCUCUGGAAGAUGGAUACGGUAUGUACGGUAGAGAUAAAGAUAAAGAGGCCAUAAUGAACAUGGUGUUACAGGAUGUCACUGAUGAUAGUGAACAAGUGUCUGUGAUCCCUAUUGUAGGCAUGGGUGGGGUUGGAAAAACCACUUUGGCAAGAUCUGUGUUCAACGAUUGCAAAUUGAACCAGCAGAUAUUUAAUUCGAAGGCAUGGGUUUGUGUUUCUGAUAUAUUUGAUAUUGUGAAGGUCACAAGAACCAUGGUAGAGGAAAUUACCCGAAAGCCUUGUAAAUUGAGUGAUCUAAAUGUUCUUCAACUUGAAUUGAUGGACAAACUGAAAGGUAAAAGAUUUUUUAUUGUCUUGGAUGAUGUUUGGAUCGAGGAUUGUGACAAUUGGACAACUCUUACAAAACCAUUUGUAAGCGGGAUUAGGGGCAGUAAAGUUCUGAUUACAACCCGCAAUGAAAAUGUAGCGGCUGCAGUGCCUUUUCAUACUGUUGAAAUAUAUCAUCUAAACAAAUUGUCAAAUGAAGAUUGUUGGUUGGUGUUUGCAAACCAUGCAUUUCCUCUCCAAGAAGCCAGCGAGAGAAGAGGAACCCUAGAAAAGAUUGGAAAAGAGAUUGUUAAAAAGUGUAAUGGGUUGCCUUUAGCUGCACAGUCACUUGGAGGAAUGUUGAGAAGAAAACACGCUGUCAGGGAUUGGAAUAAUGUACUUGAAAGUGACAUUUGGGAACUUCCUGGAGGUCAGUGUAAAAUUAUUCCAGCACUCACAAUUAGUUAUAAUUAUCUCCCUCCACAUUUAAAACGGUGUUUUCUGUAUUGCUCACUGUACCCGAAAGAUUAUGGAUUUCAAGACAAUGAACUGAUCCAGUUGUGGAUGGCUGAAGAUCUUGUAAAAGCACCAAAGAAAGGAAAGACUUUAGAAGAAGUUGGUCACGAGUAUUUUUAUGAUUUGGUUUCAAGAUCUUUUUUUCAAUGUGCAAGUCGAUGGACUGGGGAUGGGGAUGAUUGUUUCGUAAUGCAUGACCUCAUGCAUGAUCUAGCAACAUUCAUUAGCGGGGAAUUCUAUCUCAGAGCAGAUGAACUCGGAAAAGAAACCAAAAUCGAUAGAAAGACUCGUCAUUUGUCAUUUGCAACAUUCAGUGAUCCGGUCUCCGAUAUUGAAGUUUUUGACACGGUAACAUUUCCUAGAAUCCUUGACCUCUCGAGCUAG